AUGACCACCAGGGACAGCAGCAGCAAUGGAGUGGAGCCUGCCAAGUCUAGAAGACAGCUGUGUGCUGCAGAGGGCAGAGCUGGAGAAGCGGCCCAGCCCUUUGGAGGAUUCCAGAAGGAGUGGGUGGCCCACCACGGGUACUCUGAGACAGAUGCGGACCCCCACAAUGCCUGCCCAGGCUGCUGUUUCCCCCACAUUGGGUGGCUGCUGGUUCACAAACAUCCAGAUGCCAUUGAGAAGGGCAAGAAGUUCCAUGUUGGUGAUCUGCUUGCCGACCCUAUGGUCCACUUCCAGAGAAUGCAAGUGAAGAUCAAGGUCAUGCUCACGUGUUUCAUGCUCCCUGCACUGGUGUCCUGCUACUGCUGGGGAGAGACCUUGUGGAAUUCCUUCCUCCUGGCUUCCAUUCUCCGAUACGCCAUUGGCCUCAACGGUACCUAGCUGGUCAACAGCGCUGCCUACAUGUAUGGAAAUGGGCCCUAUGACAAGCAUAUCAGCCCUUGGCAGACCCCGCUUGUCUCUCUGGGGACCACUGGUGAAGGCUCCCACAGUUACCAACACGCAUUUCCCUCUGACCACUCUGGGAGUGAGUUUGGCUUAAAUUUUUACCCAACCCCCUUUGUGGACUUCAUGUGCUUCCUGGGACCGGCCACUUGCCGCAAUUGCACCACCAAGCAGAUGACUGCGGCCCACAGAGCCAAGACGGGCCUGAACCCUUCGGAAUGCUGUCCAUGCGAGGAGCUUUUGUUUCUACAGUUCUCUUGUUCGUUGGCUUGCUUGUCAGAAUCUGGCUUCUUGCCAGUGCCCCCUGGGCGGGUGCUGACCAUCCAGUCCUUUGGAAGCGAUUGGAGGAGCGUCCACCGCCGGCCUCAGCCCCGGGUGACUCUGAGGGACCGGGGACUGGAGGAGGUGCGAGCCGGGAGCGCAGGGGUGCGCCGUCCACCCGAGGCCCCGCAGGGGACCCGGGACUAA